AUGACUGGACUCACCGACUUUAAGCUUCUCUCCUUUGAUGUCUACGGCACACUCGUUGACUGGGAGACUGGUGUGAUAACCGCCCUUCAACCUCUUCUCUCCAAGAACAACAAGACCGAUACCUACACACGCAAGGAACUUCUGGAGAUUUACCACCACCACGAAGCGUCCCAGCAGCAAAAGACACCAAAUCUAUCUUAUUGUGACCUCCUCGCCACAAUCCACCCUCAUAUCGCUGCAGACCUGGAAUUUGAAUCUCCAACAGAGGCAGAGAACAAAGCAUUCGGAGAUUCGGUGGGCAAAUGGCCUGCCUUUCCUGAUACAGUGGACGCUCUUCAACGUUUGGCAAAGCACUAUAAACUCGUCGUGCUCUCAAAUGUUGAUCGCAACUCUUUCUCCACCACAAAUUCUGGACCGUUGCAAAAGUUCCCAUUCGAUGCUAUCAUCACAGCCCAAGAUAUCGGUAGCUACAAGCCCUCGCUCAAGAAUUUCGAAUUCAUGUUGGAAAAGGUCAACGAGAAGUUCUCGAUUGAGAAGGCACAAGUGCUGCAGACAGCGCAGAGCCAGUUCCACGAUCAUCACCCGGCUAAGAAGAUGGGAAUUAAGAGUUGUUGGAUUGUGAGACCAGGAGCGGAGAUGGGAAACAGGGAGGAGGAAAUCUUUGACUGGAAGUUCGAUACGCUUGGGGAAAUGGCUGAUGCUGUUGAGAAGGAAGCUCAGAAGUAA